CCUUACAUUUCCGGGACUCUGCAGUGUAUCGGUGUUGACGUGGUGACUGACAGGGUGUUGAACCAUCAGCAGAAGGCAGUUUCCUGAGCGCAGUCAGAGGCGGGACUGUGUGCUCAGCUGCUGAGAAUUCACUUUCAAAAUGGGCUGAAUGUCGGACUGGCCCCUCCUGCUCUUUUUUUCCAGGAUGAAUAGCAAGUGGGGAAUCGGAGGGGUGCUGAUGGUGUUUACCUGCUGGGCUGCUUAUGGGCAGCUCGAUCCCAAUGCAGCCCCAGACUUUGUGCGGAAGAAAGGGAAGAUGAAUGUGCUCUUUAUUAUUGCUGAUGAUCUGCGCACCAGUCUGGGAUGUUAUGGUGACCCAAUAGUGAAGUCACCAAACAUCGAUCAACUUGCCUCCAAGAGUAUUGUUUUCAAAAAUGCAUUCGCCCAACAAGCAUUGUGUGGGCCCAGCAGGACAUCAUUUUUAACGAGUCGUAGACCUGACACCACUCGACUUUUUGAUCACAGUUCCUAUUGGAGAGUUCAAGCUGGGAACUACACCACACUUCCUCAAUAUUUGAAGAUGCAAGGCUACUUAACCUUGUCAGUGGGAAAAGUCUUUCAUCCAGGGAUCGUGUCCAAUCAUACUGAUGAUUAUCCUUAUAGCUGGUCCAUUCCUCCAUUUCAUCCUUCAACAGAGAAAUAUAAAAACGCUAAGGUUUGCAAAGGGCCAGAUGGUCAAAAACAUGCAAAUUUAGUUUGCCCAGUGGAUGUGGAGGAAAUGCCAGAACACACGCUGCCUGAUAUACAGAGCACCGAAGAGGCAAUCCGGUUGUUGAAAAAGUUGAAAGGCACAGAAAACCCUUUCCUUCUGGCUGUCGGUUACCAUAAACCACACAUUCCACUGAAGUAUCCCCAGGAAUUUUUGAAAUUGUAUCCACGUGAUAAAAUACCCCUGGCACCUGAUCCCAAAAUCCCACCGAAACUACCCCCAGUGGCAUAUAAUCCGUGGACUGAUCUGAGAAAAAGAGAUGAUGUGAUGGCUCUCAAUUUAAGUUUUCCAUAUGGACCCAUUCCUGAUGACUUUCAAGUGUUGAUUCGCCAGAGUUAUUUCGCUGCAGUCUCCUACAUGGACACUCAAGUGGGUCAACUGCUGAAUGCACUGGAUGAGCAGGAACUGGCCAAUAACACAAUCGUUAUCUUCACUGCUGACCACGGUUGGUCACUAGGGGAACAUGGUGAAUGGGCUAAGUACAGCAAUUUUGACGUAGCCACCCGAGUCCCUUUGAUGUUUUACGUCCCAGGAAAGACUGCGGCUUUUCCCCAUCCAGGUCAAAGGAUGUUUCCUUUUAUUAACUCCUUCACUGACAAAGUCAGGAGUCUGCCUCCAGGGUUGAUGAGGGAUGUCAAUGUGGAAUUGAUGGACCUCUUCCCAACACUCUGUGAAAUUCUCAAUCUACCUCAGCCUCCAGUGUGCCCACCAUCUUCCUUUCGUGUGGAUCUGUGUACCGAGGGGAAUAGUGUGGCUUAUUAUUUAAUCCCCAAUGCCUCAAGUCGGAACCGGCAACUGUUUGUCUACAGCCAGUAUCCCCGGCCAGCGGACAAACCACAGAUGAACUCUGACCUCCCUUUGCUGAAGGACAUUCACAUCAUGGGAUACUCUAUCCGUUGUGAUGGGUACAGGUACACAGAGUGGGUUGGUUAUAAUGCAUCCACUUUCAGUGCCAAUUUUAGUGCCAUUCAUGCUGGAGAGCUCUAUCUACAUAAAACAGACCCAGGAGAGGAUAACAACUUGUACAACAACAUUGCAUUUGCUGAAGUGGUGCAGAAACUUUCUGCUUUGCUUAAGAAAUGAGAAUUUCCAUUUAUUUUCUCCACACAUGAUUUUGUAUUAUAUUUUUAUCGAGAAUGACUUACCUAGACCUUAGAGCUGCCAUGUUUGUUUUUUUGCCUGCUAUACUUUAUUUUAAUAAAGAAACAGUUGGCAUAUAGUA